AUGAUUGCAAUUCGGGAUGGGCAUAAGGACAUCGUGGAGUUGCUGGUGGCUAGGGAUGAUGUAGAUGUUAACUCGGCAACCAAAUCCGGACAUACGGCAUUCUCGUCUGCAGCUUCAAAGGGAAACAUCGAGGUCAUGGAGAUGUUAUUAGCGAAGCCCGACAUCGAUAUCAAUACAAAAGACAACGCUGGCUGGACCCCACUCAUGUGCGCUGCUCGAGACGGGCACAAGGAGGUUGUCAAGCUGUUGUUGGAGAGACAAGAUGUAGAUGUCAAUAUGGCAAAUAAAGCUGGCCAAACGCCAUUCUCGCUCGCGUCUUCAAUGAAGCAUCUUAGCAUUGUGAAAGCAUUGUUAGCGAGGUAUGAUAUGGAUAUCAACGCAAAAGACAACGCUCGCGAUGGACGCAAAGAGAUUGUUCAGCUGCUGUUGACGAGGCAAGAUAUAGAUGUUAGCUU